UGGAUGAUACGUUUUCCCGGAAGAAGCGCAUUGCCGUUAUCACAUGUACAUUUACGAUGGAAACAGGACGAUUUUAUCCCCUCUCACAGACGUGAUUUGUAGUUUAUCAGAUAAAUUUAAAAUGUAUAUUAAAAAUUUAUGUUUUAGCUUUAUAUAAAUAUAUAUUCGUUAGUUAUAGUCUUCGUUAAAUGAACGUCGGUGUUUCUCCAGUUCUGUCACUGAAAAGGAUUUUUAAAAAAUGUCCAGUGCUGUUUUAUCAUCAUUGCACGAACAACUCAAAAAAUGCUUUGAGACGUUAAAAGCGAAUAGAAGCGUUUGGGACGGUGAACUAGCUGAAUGUAAACCUCUAAUGAGCUCUCUUGGAAACCUUGCAGUGCAGUUGAAGGCACUGAAAAACGUUCAAAUUGCAAACACACCUCUUGCCAAUUUCCCUAGUUUACAAGAACGCCUUCGUUACAAACUGUUACUGGCUGUGGAUGCAAUUCUGGGAAAGCUUGCUGACAAAAUGGAUGCUCUUCAGAAGGUGCAGGGUGCCAUCAGUCAACAGGUGUCCGCUGUUUUCCAGUUCUAUGAGAAGAACACAGACACUCUUGACAUUGCUGUUUGUGUCUCCAGAUCAGCCAUCUGUCCCUCCAUCUCAGAUAUGUUAGAGUGGCUUCAAGAUGCAGAGCGCUAUUACCGCCUACAAUUAGUGCAGAGAAGGUACCUCCUGCAGACACUGACGCCCAGCGACCUUACGUUAAUGGAAACGGCACCAAAGAGAUGGGAAUCUCUACAUUCAGCUAGUGGAGAGGAGAGAAUUGCAGAUGCAAUGUGUCAAGUAUCAUUCUUCAUGGAGACUGAAUGAAUAUCAGCUGUGUUAUUAUCAAGAAGCCAUUUCCAUUUCCUGUGUUGGCUGUUGUUCUCAGUUUGACAUGGAAAGAUCUUUUAAAAAAAGGACAGUGGUAUGGUAAUGGUGGAACUCAAGACUCCUGGAUUAAUUUUGUGCUGCACUGGUCAUUAGCUUUACAAGGACUACGCAUUAGCAUCAUUGUAAGAGCAGUGCUCUAUUUUAAUAAAUGUGGUUAUUUAA